AUGGCUGUAGUCAUCCGUUUACUUGGGCUUCCUUUUAUUGCGGGGCCUGUGGAUAUUCGUCACUUCUUCACGGGAUUGACUAUUCCUGAUGGAGGAGUGCAUAUAAUUGGAGGGGAAAUUGGGGAGGCUUUUAUUAUUUUUGCAACAGAUGAAGAUGCAAGACGUGCCGUAAGCCGUUCAGGAGGGUUUAUCAAGGAUUCAUCUGUAGAGCUCUUUCUUAGUAGCAAGGCAGAAAUGCAGAAGAUUAUAGACAUGAAAAGAACUGAUCGUGUGGGAAGAGGGCGACCAGGAUCUGGGGCAUCAGGGGUUGGCAGCCUAUCUAAUUUUACUGAGGCAAUUAAGGAAGAAGCAAGUAAUUCUGGAUAUGGCUCUUCGAUUAAUCAAGAUGCUGGGUUUCAUACUAAUGGUACAGGACAUGGUGAUUUAAGGCCAAGAAAGACAAGGCCAUUGAAGGCUGAGAAUCCUUACUUGUUUCUACGAGGUUUGCCUUACUUAGUAAAUGAAGAUGACGUACGUGUCUUUUUCUCUGGUUUGUGUGUGGAUGGAGUAAUUUUCCUAAAACAUCAUGAUGGCCGAAAUAAUGGUGACGCCAUAGUAAAAUUUGCUUCAUGUAUUGAUGCUUCAGGAGGUCUUAAAUGUCAUAGAAGUUUUAUGGGUUCACGAUUUAUAGAAGUAAUGCAAGGAUCAGAACAACAGUGGAUUGAAUUUGGUGGUAAUGCAGUUAAGGAGGAUGAAGUUCCUAUGAGAUCUGAAGAACGUUCUCCACCAAGAGGAAUUAAUGAUAGACAUUUUCGAAAAUGGUCUCAUUCAAAAUCUCCAAGAAGAACACGUUCUCGUUCCCCUCUUGGAUUUUAUGUUCACUUAAAAAAUCUGUCCCUAAGUAUUAAUAAAAGGGAUUUAAGAAAUUUCUUUAGAGAUACUGAUCUGACUAAUGAACAGAUUAGAUUUUUAUAUAAAGAUGAAAGAAGAACAAGAUAUGCCUUUGUGAUGUUCAAGACUCUGAAAGACUAUAAUACUGCUCUGGGUUUACAUAAGACUGUUUUACAAUAUCGUCCAGUUCAUAUUGAUCCAGUUUCUAGAAAACAGAUGCUGAAGUUCAUUGAAUGUUACGAAAAGAAGAGACCAGGGUCAAUAGAGAAAGAGAGGCCUGGACAUGUUUCACAAAAAUACUCUCAAGAAGGCUACUCUGGCCAGAAGCUGUGCAUAUAUAUAAGAAAUUUUCCAUUUGAUGUUACAAAAGUUGAAGUGCAGAAGUUCUUUGCAGACUUUUCUCUCGCUGAGAAUGACAUUUACUUGCUUUAUGAUGACAAAGGAGUUGGUCUGGGAGAAGCAUUGGUGAAAUUUAAAUCAGAAGAACAGGCCGUGAAAGCCGAACGUUUAAACCGACGAAGAUUCUUAGGGACAGAGGUAUUAUUAAGACUUAUAUCUGAGGCACAAAUGCAGGAGUUUGGUGUAAAUUUUUCCUUGAUGUCCAGUGAGAAAAUGCAAGUCUAUCCAGAGUCAUGUGAUAGAGAUGACCAUUCCCAUUUAUUUGACUCAAAAGAUGCACCAGUGUACUCAGUUGGCCCUUCUGAAAACUUCAGACAUCAGCUAGAGGACUUGAGGCAACUGGAUAACUUCAAGCAUCCCCAGGGGGAUUUCCGACAGCCAGAUAGGCGCGCUCCAGAAGACUUCAGGCACUCUUCAGAAGAUUGCAGGUUCCCCCCAGAGGAGUUCAGGCGUUCCCCAGAGGACUUCAGGCGCCCUCGGAAGGAGCACUUCAGGCGGCCUUCUGAGGAGGACUUCCGCCGCCCUUGGGAAGAGGACUUCAGGCACCCCCCGGAGGAUGACUUCAGGCACUGUAGGGAGGAGGACUGGAGGUGGCCUCUUGAGGAGGAUUGGAGGCGGCCACUGAAGGAGGAUUUCAGGCGGUCUCCCAAGGGGGACUUCAGGCAGCUUCCUGAAGAGGACUUCAGGCAACCCCCCGAGGAAGACUUCAGGUGGCCUCCAGAGGGAGAUUUCAGGCGGCCACCUGAGGAGGACUGGAGACGGCCACCCGACGUGGAGUUGAGGCGGCCACCUGAGGUGGACUUGAGACGGCCACCCGAGGAAGACUUUCGGAGGCCCUCAGAAGAGGAUUUCAGGCAUUCCCCUGAGGAAGACUACAGGCAUUUGCCCCAGGAGCAUUUUAGACGGCCAUCCCAGGAGCACUUCCGGCGGCGGCCCCCGGAGUAUUUCAGGCGACCACCUCCGGAGCACUUCAGGCGGCCACCCACGGAGCACUUUAGACGGCCACCCCCGGAGCAUUUCAGGCGUCCGCCCCAGGAGCAUUUCAGGCGUCCGCCCCAAGAGCAUUUCAGGCGUCCACUGCAGGAGCAUUUCAGGCGCUCCCGAGAGGAAGAGUUCAGGCACCCACCAGAUGAAGACUUCAGGGGCCCUCCUGAUGAAGACUUUAGGCGCCCUCCCGAUAAGGACUUCAGAAGCUCCCAGGAGGAAGAUUUUAGAUGCCCUUCUGAUGAGGACUUCAGGCAGCUCCCUGAGGAAGACCUUAGGGAAGCUCCAGAGGAGGACCCUAGACUUCCUGACAAUUUUAGACCUUCUGGUGAGGAUUUUAGGAGCCCGCCUGAUGAUUUUAGAAGUCAUCGCCCUUUUGUGAAUUUUGGUCGCCCAGAAGGUGGCAAGUUUGAUUUUGGAAAGCAUAAUAUGGGAGGUUUUCCUGAGGGGCGAUUUAUUCCUGAUCCAAAGUUAAAUUGUGGUUCAGGUAGAGUAACUCCUAUUAAGAUAAUGAAUCUUCCAUUUAAAGCUAAUGUUAAUGAAAUUUUAGACUUUUUCCAUGGUUACAGAGUCAUACCUGAUUCAGUUUCGAUACAGUAUAAUGAGCAAGGAUUACCUACAGGGGAAGCCGUUGUUGCUAUGGUAAACUAUAAUGAAGCUAUGGCUGCUAUUAAAGAUCUAAAUGAUAGGCCAGUUGGCCCCAGAAAGGUUAAGUUAAUUUUGCUCUAGAGAG